AUGGUUCAUCAACUUCCUGUGGGCGCCGAGGGGGCGGCGGCCCUGGCUCUCAUAUACGCCUCCGUCAGUUGGACAUGUAGCAGCCUACUGCUGUGGCUGACUUGGGUUCACCAGGAGGGAUGGUCAUAUAUCGCCAUGGUUUCGGCGUUUGCGAUAUUGAGCACUACGGCGUCGAUUACCCAGCAGAUACACGACAUCAUAUUUUAUCGAGAUGUCAUCACGGAGCAGUUCAUGCGGAAGACGACGUUCUUAGAAAACCCGGAGCUUGCUAUCGCCAAUGGAUCAUUCGGGCUUGAUUUGGUCCUUUACUACAUACAGUACUACUCUUACAGCGUGCAAGCGAUGCUCGUCAUGUUUUGGGCUGGGGAACUGGCACAAUCGGUAUACGGACUAGGCGCCAACUCGAGGAUGAGACGGAUUUGGCGCAAUGUCAAUACAGGUGGGAAGGCCGUGGCCGUGGUAUUGCCCCUGAUCACCAUAUUGCUCCUUCGAAUACCCGCAAUACAACAUGUCUUCGUGGCAUUCAUCCUGAUUGCUGAUCUUCCACUCAUGAUCAGUCUAGCGAUUGGUAGUUCGACCAUGAUCGCCAUCUCAUGUCGAUACGUCCAAUCCCGAAAGAGUUUCACUCGCUGGACGCCCCCUCAGAAUAGCGACAGUGCCCUCAGCGAGGAGAUGGGUACGAUGCGAAGCGGGAAUCUUCAGAGCAGUACUGUCAUUAGUGGUACUUCCCACUCGGGGACGACCACAACCACGGGCCGCAAAAGACCGAGGAAAAGACCCAAUGGACUCUACGAUCGUUGGUUGAUGGUUCGCUUUACGAUUGCGUUUGUCAUGCUUGCCAUCUUCGAGGUCACGAACACCCUAUUCCAACUCCAAUCUGUAAACAACAACAAAAAAGACACCCAGCUGGCGGAACCCGAUUUGACCGUCGACCGGGCAAAAGUAACAUUCUUUCUGUUCCUACCGGGAACUACAGCUGGUAUCGCACUGUUCAUCAUAUUCGGCACUACGGCAGGAUGCAGGAAGAGCAUGCAAGAGACCUUCAUACCCAAGAAGUGGCGCACCCGCACCAGUAAAUCAAAAAGUGGACGCAGCUUCUGGAGACCAGGGAGAAAAGAUUCUGCCUUCCCACCGCAGACACAAGAACCCGACUUGUCAAACGAAGAUGCGAUAAGCGAUAUCACGAGGAGGAGCCAUUACAUCAAGAGCGAACACAUGAAACCCUUGCCGCUACCGCCGUUAUCGAGGCACAACAAGGACUUCGGCUCCAGAAACAGGGUGGAACGUCCAUAUAUGGGAAAUAUGCGGACAGAAUUAGGGGAAGAUCCUGGCAUUCAGUUGCGAGAUAUGCAAUCUUGGGAUAGUAUACGCGAGGAGUACUACGAGCCCUUCCCGGAUCAAAGUGAUGACUCGGGUCCCAUUUUGCCGAUUAUGAGGACUGAAAGAAGGGCUUGA